AUGGACCCCAGGGGCAUCUUGUAGGCAUUUCCCAAGCGGAAGAAAAAUCAUGACAAUUCAUCAUCAAAAGCACUUGCAAAGAUUCCCAAGAGGAAAGAGGUAGAAGAAGCAGGAGAGUGGCUGAGCUCCCUCCAGGCCCAUGUUGUGCCCACUGGCAUUGGACGAGCCCAGGCAGAACUCUUUGAGAAGCAGAUUGUCCAGCAUGGUGGCCAGAUAUGCUCUGCCCAGGCCCCAGGGGUCACUCACAUUGUGGUGGAUGAAGGCAUGGACUUGGAGCGGGCCCUCUGCUUCCUUAGACUGCCCCAGCUGCCCCUCGGUGCCCAACUGGUGAAGUCAUCUUGGCUGAGCUUGUGCCUGCAGGAAAGAAGGCUGUUGGACACGGCAGGAUUCAACAUCGUCAUCCCCAACAGGUGCCUGGACCAAGCACAGCCCAGCAAGGGAGACCGAGACUCUCCUGGCCCCCAUGAGGCUCUGCUCAGGAUAGCCCCUUUACCUCCCCCUCCUCCCUCCAGACCUACAUCUCCUCUCCAGAAGGCAGAAGAGGCACCAAGCACCCAAGCCCAGCCCGGCUCUGAUGAUGAAACCUAUGAUGGAGAAGAGCUUGGGAUUAGUGCAGCUAACCUGGAAGCCCUGAUCAGUGGCUACUACCCUACCCUCCUUGAGGAAGAUGAGAAGCUGGAGGUGCUGGCCAAAGCCUACAGUGUUCAGGGAGACAAAUGGAGGGCCCUGGGCUAUGCCAAGGCCAUCAAUGCCCUCAAGAGCUUCCACAAGCCUGUCACCUCCUACCAGGAGGCCUGUAGCAUCCCUGGGAUUGGGAAGCGGAUGGCUGAGAAGAUUGUAGAGAUCCUGGAGAGUGGGCAUCUGCGGAAGCUGGACCAUAUCAGUGAAAGUGUGCCUAUCUUGGAGGUCUUCUCCAACAUCUGGGGAGCUGGAAUCAAGACUGCUCAAUUGUGGUACCAGCAGGGCUUCUGGAGCCUGGAAGACAUCUGCAGCAAGGCCUUCCUGACCACCCAGCAGGCCAUUGGCCUGAAGCAUUACGAUGACUUCCUGGAACGCAUGCCCAGGGAGGAGGCUGCAGAGAUCGAGCAAAUGGUCCAGGAAUCAGCCCAGGCCCUCAACCCCAGAUUGCUGUGUGUGGCAUGUGGUUCAUACUGGCGGGGGAAAGCAACCUGUGGGGAUAUGGAUGUGCUGGUCACUCACCCAGAUGGCUGGUCCCACCAGGGCAUCUUAAGUCGCCUCCUUGACAGCCUUCAGCAACAAGGGUUCCUGACAGAUGACUUGGUGAGCCAGGAGGAGAAUGGCCAGCAGUAGAAGUACCUGGGUGUGUGCCAGCUCCCGGGGCCAGGGCGGCGGCAUCGGCGGCUUGACAUCAUUGUUGUGCCCUACAGUGAGUUUGCCUGUGCCCUGCUCUACUUCACUGGCUCUGCCCACUUCAACCGUUCCAUGUGGGCUCUGGCCAAGACCAAAGGCAUGAGCUUGUCAGAGCAUGCCCUCAGCACAGCCGUGGUCCGGGACACCCACGGCCUCAAGGUGGGGCCUGGCCAGGUGCUGCCCACUCCUACCGAGAAGGAUGUCUUCAGGCUCUUAGGCCUACCCUACCGAGAACCAGCUGAACGGGACUGGUGACCCAUGGCUGGGGGUCCCCCAGCACUGGACCGGCUGCCCUACCUGGCUGUCCAAUACUCCCCUCUAGCCUCAACUGGCUGAACCCCACUACUUCAACAACCAGCUGUCCUCAGCAAGUCUGGGCCCUGGGCCUGCAGGAAGGGAACAGGCUGCUAUCACUUCUCCCUCAUCACUGCUCUGGUAGAGUUUUGCACAU